UUUCUCUCUCUCUCUCUCUCUCUCUCUCUCUCUCUGUUCUCCCUAGGGUACUAGGUACUAUGGAGAGAAGGGAGUGGGGGCAGGGAGCGGGGGAGAGAGAGAGAGAGAGGGCAAUGUCGUGAGCUAGGGUUUCGAGAUCCAUCGUCUUCUCCCUUCCGCGUCGCUAUUUUGGAUCUAGGAGGGAGAAGAGGAGAUGGGGCUUUGCUAUGGGAAACCAUCGACGACGCCGGAGGCCUCAAACCCUACUUCUACAGCUCCGAAGAAGAAGGAAGAAGAAGAAGAAGGGACAGUAGAGAAGAGAGAAGAGGAAGAAGAUAAUAAGGAGGCGGCGGCGGCGGCGGUGGCGGUGGCGGUGGCGGUGGCGGAGGUCGAGAAGAGUACCACAAAGCCAUGGGCUUCCCCCUUCUUCCCCUUCUACAGCCCUAGCCCCGCUCAUAGCCUCUUCUCCAAGAAAUCCCCGUCCGCCGCCUCCGCGGGCGGCGGAUCGGCGGCGGCGACGCCGAGGAGGCUCUUUAAGCUGCCGUUUCCGCCGCCGUCGCCGGCGAAGCACAUCAGGGCAGCGCUGGCGCGGCGCCACGGCUCGGUGAAGCCGAACGAGGCGGCGAUCGCUGAGGAGGGGGGCCGCGAGGGGGCGGUGGCGGGGCUCGACAAGAGCUUCGGCUUCGCGAAGGGGUUCGAAGGGAAGUACGAGGUCGGGGAGGAAGUGGGGAGGGGCCACUUCGGGUACACAUGCUCGGCGCGGUUUAAGAAGGGGGAGCGGAAGGGGGAGCAAGUGGCCGUAAAGGUCAUCCCUAAGGCUAAGAUGACGACGGCCAUAGCUAUAGAAGAUGUCAGGAGAGAAGUGAAGAUUUUAAGAUCUUUGACAGGACAUAGCAACUUAGUCCAAUUUUAUGAUGCGUAUGAAGACAAUGACAAUGUUUAUAUUAUAAUGGAGUUUUGUGAAGGAGGAGAGCUUCUAGACAGAAUUCUUUCAAGGGGUGGAAAGUACUCAGAAGAUGAUGCAAAAGCUGUCAUGGUGCAAAUAUUAAAUGUUGUUGCAUUUUGCCAUCUUCAAGGGGUGGUUCAUCGGGAUCUUAAACCAGAGAACUUUCUUUUUACAUCGAAGGAUGAGAAUUCUCAGCUGAAGGCUAUAGACUUCGGUUUAUCAGACUUCGUUAAACCAGAUGAAAAGCUAAAUGACAUUGUAGGAAGUGCAUACUAUGUGGCACCUGAAGUUCUACAUAGGUGUUAUGGGACUGAAGCUGAUGUAUGGAGUAUUGGCGUGAUUGCAUACAUUCUCCUAUGUGGCAGUCGCCCAUUUUGGGCACGAACAGAGUCUGGUAUCUUUCGAGCCGUCUUGAAAGCCGAUCCAAAUUUCACUGAACCACCUUGGCCUUCUCUUUCAAUUGAAGGAAAAGAUUUUGUAAAGAGGCUGCUCAUUAAGGACCCACGAAGACGAAUGACUGCUGCACAAGCGUUGAGCCAUCCAUGGAUUAGGAACUUUAAUGAUGUUAAAGUGCCCCUAGAUGUCCUUAUAUUUCGGCUUAUUAAAGCAUACUUACGUUCAUCAUCACUGCGCAAGGCUGCUUUAAGGGCUCUAUCGAAAACAUUGACAGUGGAUGAACUUUUUUAUCUGAAGGGGCAGUUUGCUCUCUUAGAACCAAAUAAAGAUGGGUGCAUAACUCUUGAAAAUAUCAAAAUGGCAUUGACAAAAAAUGCUACUGAUGCCAUGAAGGAGUCACGUGUUCAGGAGCUUCUUAUCUCGCUUAGUGCCCUUCAAUACAGAAGAAUGAAUUUUGAUGAGUUCUGUGCUGCGGCAUUGAGUGUGCAUCAGCUUGAAGCAUUAGAUAGAUGGGAGCAACAUGCUCGUUGUGCUUAUGAACUUUUCGAGAAGGAUGGUAACCGGGCUAUUGUCAUUGACGAACUUGCUUCGGAACUGGGUCUCAGCCCUUCAGUGCCCGUACAUGCAGUUCUCCAUGACUGGAUCCGCCACACCGAUGGCAAGCUGAGCUUCCUCGGGUUUGUCAAGUUGUUGCACGGCGUAUCUAGCCGGUCCUUCGCAAAGCCGCGCUAAUUGCCUUUCAAAUCCUAAUCCUAAUACUCGGGUCACUCUACCUGCCAUUUAACUCAGUAUGGAUGCACAAAAUUAACAUUCUUCCAUGGUAUAUAGAACGUUAUACUUCAGUUCGCCGAAAAAGAUACCUAUUACGGAACGUUCAAAAUGGUGCUAAUGCUCGCAGAGGUCUCUGAUAUGUGUUGUUGUUCUCCAAUGCAUGAAAUCAAUUGGGGAUGUAAGUUUACUCUUAAAAUAUGUACUUUUAAUCUUCUUUUUUUUUUUGUUUUUCAUAGUUUUCGGAAUUGUGAGUGAGCUUUGUUGUGCCCUUUAGUGAGAGAUUAAAGAAGCGUAGCUAACUUAAGUUGUAUCGGUUCUGUAAGUUACCAUUGAUACCCACUGAUGUCUCUCACCUGUGGAGGUUGAAAAGGUGAACCAUAGCUUGUAAUAUUAGCCCCACUUGGUGAAAGCGAAAAAGGGUUGUGCUUAUUGUAACUAAUCAUUUGUCUCACCUUGGUUAUGGUUUAGCUUCCACGUUCGAUUUUCCCGAGACCUUUCAA